UUUAACUCAGAGUAUUGAGGAGCAGACAGACAACAUUUUUUGUUUAAAGUGUUUUUUAAACUGAAACUAACCCUAGACUUCACCAUGAGAUUUUUUCUCCUUUUGGCUUUAAUGACAGUCACCCUUCUCCUUACUAGCGCUAUACAACCUCUUGGAAAAGGUUACAACAGUCACUGCAGGUGUUUGAAGCUAGAGUCCAGAGUGAUCCCACAACACAGCCUGCGCAGUGUAGAAAUCCUUCCUAGAGGCUCCCACUGCAAGAAUACAGAAGUCAUUGCUGGCUUGGUGAGUGGAGAAAAGAUUUGCCUGAAUCCUCAGACUACGUGGGUUAAGAAACUUAUCCAGUUCAUUGAGAAGAAACAGAGAGUGAUACAGAAAGCAUAAAGGACAAAAAGAUGAAAAAAAGAUGCAAAAGAUGAAGAUGCUGAUCAAGAUGGGCUAUAAUAUAUAAUCAAAACAUGCACAUAUUCAGAUCUAAUGUGAUUCAGAUUUAAUCAAACUAUGUGUACUAAUACUCUGGUCCAUUACUACUAGACCAAAUGUAAUAUUAUGACUUCAUCAGCAACUUAACCAAUGUGGUGUUUUAAAUUUAGCCUUUUCAUGCUCUUUGAAAUGCUGACUUCAAGAAAAAAAAAAACUUCAUUGUCCGUUCACUUGCAAAGCACUUAUGAGGCAA